AUGUGUGAUAAUUGUGCAUUUUCUUGUGAGGUCAAGGAAAUUGAUGUGUCAGGGUUUGAGUUAAAGAAGGAUGAAUUAGAGCAAUUUGUGAUUCAACUUAUUCUCCACAGGGUAUUGAAAGAAGAAUUUUCGCAUACAGCUUAUGCCACUAAUGCUUACGUGGCAAUUGGACCAAUUGCUAAGCAUGUUUUGCAUGGGAAGAAGAGUAUUAUGCUUGAGGUUAGUAGUGGACAGAGGAGUAGUGGUAUUGGAAUUGCUAAUUCCUCCAAACGUGGAAGAAACUCCGGAUUGGAAUCGGAGCUUGAUAACUUGAGAAAUGAACUUGCUUCCAUGGAUGGAGUAAUUUUCACUCAUUCUAUUUUGUCUACUCAGCAGAUCGGAAUGUUAUGUUCUCAAAAACCGGAAACAAUAGAACAGGUUAUCGGGAAAGGGAUGGAAUCGGUUAUUCCAUUGUUUGAUGGAACGGAAUGGAAUGGACCAUGCUUGAAGGAAUGUUAA